CAUUGAAGACAACCAAUAAGUAAUUGGUAAACAUUUUUAACGAGACGCGUACGAUUUAAAUUUAUAAACACAUUCGCUAUGCCACCGCCACCCUACUAUGAGGAUCCAUAUCGCCAUCGUCAUCAUCAUCACCAUCAUCGUCCAGGUAUCGAGAUUGAUAUUGUUCCCGGUUGGAAUCGUCCAUACUAUCCUCCACCUCCCCCGCCUCGCACUGAGGUGGUGGUCGUAACACCAGCGGCAAAUUAUCCCGGGGCACCCUGCCCUGGCCAAUAUUAUAAUAAUGGUGCAUACUACAACAACGGUGGAGCCUACAAUAACGGAUGCAAUAAUGGCUACAACAAUCCACCCUAUCCCCGUUGGUAACAAGUGUUCGUUCUUUAAAAGUGUGGAAAAAUAAAAUGAUAAAUAUUUCGAGUUAAUAU